AGCCUUUGGGUAAGUCUAGUUGCUUCGUUCGUUCUUGUUGUACUCAUCUGAUCUAGACAAAUGUUCAAUUCACACAUGAUGAUGAACUUAAGAGCAUAUCAUCAAGUCCUAAAUCAACAGCUGCUAGUCUCUCUGGUGAAGAUGUCGUCAAUUACUAUGAACUUGCACAGAAACAAAUCAUGUCAACUGAACAGAAACUGAUAUCCAAUAAGACACCUGUCAUUUUACCCAAGAUAUCUCCUUCUAUGACACUAGAAGAAAUGAGCAAAACAUUACUCAUCGCUUCUGCUGUUUAUAAUAGCAGCCUAACGCCCCUUCCCUCUCCGCAGCAACAACAUCAACAUGAAAGUCCAAAAAAAGAUCCUACUGAAGAAGAGAAAAGAAAGCGAAAUACAGCUGCCAGUGCACGGUUCCGUAUCAAGAAGAAACAACGUGAACAAACUAUGGAGAAAACCGUAAAAGAAAUGGCAGAGAAAUCAACAACACUUGAAAAUCGAGUCAAGGAAUUAGAACUUGAAAUUAAGUUUCUGCGCAAUUUGUUGAUUGAAAAAAACGCUUCCUAAUUACUUAUUUAUGAACACACAAACUAAGCUAUGUACACCAUAUGUAAAUAAUAAACAAUUGCUUAUGUAAGAAUACGCUCAUGUGUAAUGCUUAAAAACAAAAACUGUAUUCCCAUACUAGCAAGAAUAGCACAUAAGGUUUUUUGUGAA